AUGUUCAUCUCUGCAUUGUUCACUUGUAGCCAGUUUAGCCAGAACCACCUGCCCCCACCCCAACUGGGUUCCUUAUCCUCCCGCAUCCCCCAGGCAUACCUUGGAGAUAUUGCCAGUUUGGUCCCAGACCACCACAAAGAGGAGAAUAUCACAAUAAAGGUGGCCACAAACCUUCAAUGUGUAAAAAAUGCAAUAUCUGCAAAGCUCAAUAAAGUGAAGUGCAAUAAAACGAGGUCUGCCUGUACAUCCUUGUUUGUGCCAGACACAGCCCAGAAACGUGUUGGGACUGGUGGUGUUUGUGGGUCUGGCUGUGUGCUAUGGACUGAACUGUGUCCCCCCAGAACUCAUGUUGAAGCCCUAACCCCCAACGUGACUAUAUCUGGAGACAGGGUCUAUAGGAGGUACCUAAGAUUAAAGGAAGAAAGGGAUCACUGUCUUUUUCCACCAAGUGAGGACAGAGAAGUCACCAUCUAUGAGCCAGGAAGACAGUCUUCACCAGGAACCGAAUCUGCUGGCACCUUGAUCUUGGACUUCCUGCCUCCAGAAGCAGAAGGGUGUGAAUCUUCACCCUAUUCUGAGCCACAUCUGGGCCGACCGCGAGCAGGGGAGUUUAGCAUACGUCAUCCCCACGGGCGGAUUCUUAACCACUGUGCCACGAGGGAAGUCCUACCCAUCUACUUCUCAUUUAACUUGCUGGCUGCAGGGAAAAGACAGAUAAAGUUUCAAAUGCUGGGUGGUUCGAGGUGUAAACAAUGGCUAUCUCCUGCCUCCCUGUUAAUUGAUGUAUCCAAAUCCGGCCAAAGGUGCGAGGACUACAUUACCCACAAUGCUUCUAGUGGGACGCCCACGCGGCCUCGUUCUCGAGCUCGACGCCGGCUCAGCCUGUGGUCGCUGCUGACUGUCCCGCUUCUGCGUUCUAAGGGUUUUGGUCCUCGCUUCUGGCCCGCCGAGCCCUCCACGUGCGCUGUCCCGCUCCCGUCCCAACCUGCCGCUCCGGGCCUGCCCCGAACCCCCCCACGAGUCUCAGCGCUGCCGGUGAGUGCGGGUGCGGGCGCAGGGUCCCAGCUCGAGCUUCUUUCCGCGGCCCUCGCCCGCCGGAGCCUAGUUUGUGCCCGGCCUCGGUCACCGCUCUUCCUCCAGCUGAGGGGACGAGACGGGAGAGCAGCCCAGCCGGGGAUUCCUGACCCUCACAAGACCCUGGAGUUGGAGAGGCCUUGGUGA